GUCUCCGUCGGUAUAUAGUUUUUCCGAUGAACUCUAGUCUCGUGUGUCCGCAUCGGAAUAUUGUCGGAAGUUCGUCAGAAUGUUAUUUCUCGGUAUUCGUCAGAAAGUCGUCGGAAAUUCUGACGAAAUUCCGACGAAUUCUUUUUUUCCGACGAAAUGAUACCGACGAACGCCUUCGUCAGAAAUGCGUCGGAAUAGGCCUUUUCCGACGAACUUCCGACGAUUUUGGCCAUCAGAAUCUCUUUGUUUUCUUGUAGUGUGUACACAAUCCAAACACAUCGUUGAUCUCAAAGAAGUGCUCAUGAGCCAACGAUCCAACGCCUACGAUCAUCACAAACUUGAAGAACUCGUUGGUAGAAUCGUCAACGACUUCCAAAAAUACGCCGACAAACGAUCGGAGCUGGCCGACCGAAGCUGCUCUUGCUACUUUGCACCGUCGUGGAACUCUUCUCUAGAGAAUGGUCUUCUAUGGAUGGGAGGGUGUCGUCCUUCAUCGUUCAUGAGAAUCAUAUACGCUCUAUGUGGCUCCCAUGCAGAAACUCAGCUUUCUCAGUAUCUCCUCAAGAUGGAUGGAGAAGUCGUUGAUGGGCAUGACGGUGAUAGUUCCAUGAGCGAACUAAACGCAACGCAGCUUGCGAAAAUCAAUGACUUGCAUGUGGAGGUGAUAGCUAAAGAAGAUAAGUUAUCGAAGCUUUCCGCAAAUAUGCAAGAGGAUGUUGCUGAUAUGCCAAUAGCCGUCACGGCUUUCUCGAGUGACUCGGUUGAAGCUGACGUGGCUGUUGAAGAUGCUUUAGAUAAGCAUGAAGAGGGCAUGGCGGUUUUAAUAGCGGAUGCUGAUAAGCUGAGGCUAGAGACACUUAAGAAGAUCGUGGAGGUUUUGACGCCGGUUCAAGCGGCGGAGUUUUUGCUCUCCGGGAAAAGAUUACACGUGUCGCUGCACGAGUGGGGGAGAGUUAGAGAAGAGCGUCGUUUUGGGUGUGCACGUGCGGAGGAUGCUGCCCCUGCUAGAGGUGGAGCUGGGAAGUCCAAGAGAUCAGCCACUUGUUGAUGUAUGAGUGCGAGAGUCCUGUAAGGUUUAAUAUAUAAUCGUGUAAUAUUUUUGGUCUAAGUAGACAUGAGAUCAUCUUAAGCAUCUUUAUAUAAUAUUUUGGUCUAAGAGGUCAUCUUAAGCGUCUUUAUAUAAAAUGUUGUGUAAUAUUUUGGU